AACCGCAACCAGACGACGGCGACGGCGCAGAGCUGAACGUACUCGAGCUAGCUAGCUUGCUCUCGAUCGAUGGACAUGGCGGAGAGCAUCGACGCGGAGCUGCGCCUCGGGCUGCCCGGCAGCGGCGGCGGUGACGGCGGCGCGGCGAAGAAGCGGCGGUCGGCGGCGUCGACGACGGUGAAGAGCGAGGCGUCCGGGACUGCCGGGGCCAGCUGCCGGGACGACGACGGCGCCUCGCCGGCGUCCAAAGUGCAGGUGGUGGGGUGGCCGCCGGUGGGGUCGUACAGGAGGAGCACGUUCCAGUCGUCGUCCUCGUCGGCGGCGGGGGCGAAGGCGAAGGGCGGCGAGACGGAAGGGAAGAAGAAGAAGGGAACGGCCGGAGGAGGGCUGUACGUGAAGGUGAGCAUGGACGGGGCGCCCUACCUCCGCAAGGUCGACCUGAGGUUGUACGGAGGGUACAGGGAGCUGAGGGACGCGCUCGACGCGCUCUUCGGCUGCUUCUCCGCCUCGCCGGCCGACGCCUCCGCCGCCGGCCACUUCGCCGUCGCGUACGAGGACAAGGACGGCGACCUCAUGCUCGCCGGCGACGUGCCCUGGGACAUGUUCAUCUGUUCUUGCAAGAAGCUGAGGAUAAUGCGAGGAUCCGAAGCAAGAUGAUACAUAUGAUCGAUCCAACGACGUCGAGCUGGACAAAUGCAAGUUUUUUGCACAGAUGAUGCAUGGACACUUUCGUGCACGGGAGACAUCUCAAAGAGAAAAAAGCUUCGAUCACGCAUGAGAUCGAGAUAUGCAGGGUGAUCUACGAACAUCAUCAUGGCGACCAGACAGGAGAAGCAUGAGAAGGAUGGCCGGACUACAACUGCACGUGGAUGAUGCGUCUUGUACGUAGUUCUACGUAGAUGAGAUCGAAGUAAGGGAUCUGAAUUCUAAAAGUCGAGGAUUCAGUUGGGUGUACGUACGUGGUGAUCAGAGUAUAAUCUAGCAGAUCAGAGCUGCACUCCUAUGUACAGAAUAAUCUAGCUGACUUGGUUGUUGGAAAUGACAACUGCUAGUUCUGCAGAUUUGUGUAUACAGGCUUUUUUUUUUUUAAAAAAAAAAGCUUUUUAGAGCUUCUGUUGUGUCACUGAAGAACCUGAGAACUGAAGAAAGGGAAACCAUUGAAGUUUGGUCA